CACAAACCUGAAGGUUCGCAAGAGAGGCAGCAGCAAAUCCUCAAGGUCUUGCACGGCUAAAUCAAGCUCCUCUCGUAAUGGGUCUCAGACAUUGUUGCCAAAUACUCAGGGAGAUGGUGAGUCUAUUUCAUCUGAGCCACUCAGUGACUUUUUUGGGAUCACUGAGGACAGUCUCCUCACUGGUGUCCAGGAUUCCUUCAAAGAGUCGCUGAACAAUGUCCUCUGUAUCCAAAGAGAGGGCCAGGUAGACACUCAAAGUCUAUCCCGGGUUAUUGUUGGAGAAGUGUCAAAGAAAGUCAAUUCCAUCAUCUCUGUGGCCAUCCAAACUCCCAUCUCUGGGCGAAUGUCCCCUGUCAUUUUUGCCAGUGGUGGUGUCUCCAGCACCAAGGUGGUUGAGGAGAUGGUGUCUGGCGUUUCCAACAUACUUCAGAUGUACAUUAAUGGGAAGAGUGUUGAGCAGAGUGUUGUUCUCAGAGAGGAUGGUGUUGAGGUGGAUAUGACACAUUUAACAGGACAGGUCAUGACAGCCCUCAGUGGCACUGUUUUGAACUUCAGCAAUAAGGAGGAAAAUGAACCUGACAAGAGGGAACUGCUUUGUGUUGUUGCUGACCAUAUGAAGAGGCUUGAAGCUUGUAAAAGUCCUGAGGAGAUGCUAAAACAAGUAGAGAGCAACCUCAAUAUCAAAGGUACCAAAUCUAGUCUUCGUCUGUCAACACAAAGUAUGGACAGACUACUCACUGAGGAGUUUCAGACCAAGGCCAUUGAAUCGAUCCGGGAGAUCGUUAAAAGAUUCAGGGGUUGUGUAUCAUGUUGUUCUGGCACUACAUCAUCUAGUCCAACUCCUAGGAUAGGUGAGAUCAGAGACCUUAUGAUUGACCCUGAGGCUUCUGAGUUUUUAAGUACCUUUGUUUCAGACAUGGACAAUCUUACCCAGUCUAUCAGGGCAUCCUGCUCCCCUGCACAGAGUGAGCAGAUCCUUCUUGAAAACCAUCAAAGUAAGAUCUGGUCUUACACUGUUGGUUGUUACUACGACAUGAAAAAUACGCUGAAGAGACUCCUUACCUGUCCAGAAAAAGGGGAUCUCGCAAGUACAUUUGUGGAGAGCACAAAAGAUCCUUUCACAAUGUUUCCAACUUUGUGCCUGGACAUCGGUCAUUCCAGUAAUGGUGAGGCUGACACAUCGGACACCAUUUCUUGUAAACCACUUUUAAUUACCUCAUCUAUGAAUGAACAAAAAGGACAAAGUGAGACCCCAAAACCUCUCUUGGCUCUCAAAAAGUAUUUGCAAGACCAAGUCCUCCUUGACACCGCAAAAGCGAUUGCCAGCCAGGUUCUAGUCUUGUAUAAGACUGAGGUGAUGGAGAAGUUCUCAUCUUCUGUUGGAGAGUGUGAUUCUGAAGAGUCUCUGGAGGCCAUUCUAUUUGUGGAUGGCAUCAUGUCUGACUUGAAUGAUUUCACCAGUUCUUGUUCCGCCUCACCAUCUGAGUUGUUAGACAGUGAACAAUGUCUCUCCCAUCUCACCUUUCCACUUGGUCUGCAGGACAGCACCACCAACAGUGAAUCUACCCAGAGUCUUCCAGUUAUAAAUAUGAAGAAACUCUCCAGUGUGUCUUUCCAGACAAAGGCUAGAAAGGCAGUGAGUGAAGCUCUGAGAUCUGUCAACCCCUUUACAAACAGCUUACUGGGAGACUCGGAAGCAUCUAAAUUGCUGGACACUUUUGUAACAGAUGUGGAGACUAUUGUUCAGUCCAUGCAGGCACAUGACUCUGAAAAUUUCAAAAUGUCAAAAGUGAGCACCCUUUCUGCUGCUCGUAUUAUAUAUCAUAGAUUUCGAGAAAUGCUGAGGUGGUUUCUCACUCCCUGCCAAGACUCUGUAAAGGUCAUCGAUGGUGUUACACCAAUACAUAAUGAGACUCUCAAACAGGCUCCUAGUGAAAGUUUAGAUUCUCAGGUGACUUGUAAUAGUGAUUCUCUUGAAAUCCAAGCAGACCUUCAAACCUGUACCAAGGAGGUCAUUAGUCAGAUCCUCACUGUGUAUCACUCCGAGGAAUCCAUGGAGGAAUGCAUAUCUAGCCUAAAAGGAGAUACAGAAGACCUGUCCAAGCUUUUGGAUGCCGUUGUUUCUCAGAUUGACGUCCUUGCCGCCUCCAAACCAUAUUUAUUUGUUUAUGACUAUGCUGUCAAUACACAGGACAAUUUGCAUGGUGAGAUCAACAAUAUUGAGGAGGAGGCAUCCUCUAGAAGUCUUAAAUCCACAGCCUUUGACAAACUAUGUACUGAGGAGUUUCAAACUAAAGCCUCACAUAUGGCUGGUGGGAUCCUUCAAUCAGGGUUAAUUGGCAUUGUAAAUACCAACCUUGAUGGUAGAAGUGCAGACAUUUGUGCAGAGUCCAGUAAUGAAAGUGAUGUCAAAAUCCUUCAGAAGAGUGGAACUCCAUCUUUGUUCACCUCUUCUCUGCAUACCAAUUCUGCAGCAUCCAACAUCGUCAUAAGCAUCACUAAAGACCUUAAUAGCUUCACCCAGAUGACUAAAAUGUCUGAUGCUUCAGUGUCUGGCCAGUUAGAGAGAUCCCUGUCAGCUUCAACCCUUCCUGUCAGUGUUCACAACGGGGCCAAUGUGAAAGGAAAUAUCAUUUGGCCAGGCACUGUUAACCUGUUCAACAAUGUGUUCACCAAGGUCAAGGAUUUUUUUGCCCAGCAACAACCGGUCCUCCUAGACAAUGUGGUUGAGGCCCCCAAACAUGCCGAAUCCAUAUGCAGAACAGCUACUUCUACCCAAAUGACUUACAGUGAACAUGAAGGCAGCCAGACCAGCAUGGUAAAUUAUUCCAAAACCUUAAUUAGUCAGACUCUGAUGACAAUCCAGAGGAGAGUGUCUAUGUCAGAGAGGAUGAGCACCUCAGAGAAAGGCCUCUUGACUCGUUCCAUCGUGGGCUCCAUGUUGGAGGAUGUUGACAUGGUGAGAACUGAUGGAAAUGAGAUACACCGGCCAUCCUCCUCAAAGUCCUCCCUGUCCAUCACCUCUGCCAUGACCAGAGGGUCCCAGAGUGAUUUUACAAAUUCUCUUCCAGGCACUCCAGUCCCCAAUGAGUGGCCUGUUGAAAUCUAUUGUCCUAUCAUUAGGAGUUCGGUCAUUGAUAUGAGUGACUCCUCAACUCAUUCACAAGGGUCAACAAAUUACACAAGGCAAACCAUUUCUGCCAUAGUUGACACUGUUAUGGAGGUCAUUCCAAGAGAAGAUACGGAACACAUAGCAACUGCAGAUGAUGUCAUUUCUUUUACAAGGAGACUUGCGAGACUCAGCCCCAGGGACGGUCUUCAGAACUUCUCACAUGAGCUCACUGACAAAGUUUAUGAGCUCAUAAAAAGUCACAACACCCCCCAGGCUCUUUUUGUGCCAGCUGGCAAGAGCGUGUCUGACUCUAUUCUUUUGAAGCUGAAGACAGGAUUGAAUGCUUCUGAAGAAUCCAGGGAGUUUCCAUCUGACCUUGUGUACUCCUUUGCUACGGAGUCAAUAAAACGUCUGCUACAGCAGAUUGUCUUCUGGCUUCCUCCACCAACACAAGGAUCCGAUUUCUGCCAGACUGUCAUCUCUGACGGUUCUCUGCAGGACACAAGUCAGCUUAUCCCGAGCUCUUCUGCCAUCUCCAUUAGUUCCUCACAGGUUUACUGUGACACAAAGAGCCUUUUCACCAAUAUAAUGGUCAAUCAGGUCAUGGAUACCUGUUCUGUGGCCUCCAGUUCAUCAGAAGAAUUAUCAGAGUUGAUGAACAUAAUCAAUGGGUUGUCCCCAACUGAUGCUGGAACACUUGACUCUGACAGACCGGCUCUCAUGACCACUAGCCGUCAGUCUAGUGCCAAAUCAUUGCCUAGAACCUCUCUGUCUGGCAGCAGCACACACAACGGUGGAACUGUGGAUAUUCAAGUUUUAGGAGAGGUGGAAUCCAAGAUGGACAACAAAGAUCUGGAGAUGUGUAGUGUCUCUGUGCAUCCAUCAACUCCAUCAGCCAUGGACUCUGAUACACAUGCAUCAUUUGACUCCACUGGCAAUGACUACACCUCUUUGGUACUUUUACUGAUUGUUAGAUUGCUGUCAAUGAUCACCCCUAUCACAUUACUGGAAUCCUCUGACAUUGGUGAAACAUCAAGAGUUCCCACAAAGAGGAUUCUGUCUGAGUUCUGUGGCACCUCAGGCCUUGAACCAACUCAAGCCUACCCCCAGAAUCUGAAAAUCAAAAAGAUUUUCAAGGCUGUCUACAAGGGGCUUCUUCAAGAAUUUGGGUCAGAGAAGAUGCUCCAGGUUGCAAUAAAGUCAACGGAUUAUGCAUUUGACGAUGCCCUGGUCAAAUCAUUAACUAGGGAACUACUAACUAAAUGCAAUGAGGCUAGCUCUUCACCUCCCUCCAUGACCCAGUUGUCAUCACACAAUGCACUUGGCAGUGACGAGGUAGGUAAUUCUGGGCUUCCAACAACUGGUAGAAAGGAAAAGAAGAGAGGAAGAUUCAGCUCUCUCUGUGGACUCAACCCAAAGUGUACAAAGAAGGUCAACAAGAAGAACCACUGCAUUCCAACACCUUCCCAGAACCAGACCCCUGCCGUCAGUGAAACAGAUUAUGCCUGCCCACCCCAUAACCCUACAGCCAACACGACGCCAUAUACUUGGUCUGUGGUUGUGAGGCCGGUUGGACAUACUGCCAAAUUCUCUAAAACGGCAUUGAAGGCGGCUUAUGCAAUUGUCAAAGAUCAAGAAUCCUGCCAAACAGAGAGUGUAUGCUCCACCAAGAAGAAACCAAGGAAGCGUUCGCUCAUUUCCAGGAUGUUUUCAGCUAUAGGCAAAGCCUUUUCCAGUCCCUUUACUUCCUGCUAUAAAAAGAAGAGCACCUAAUCUAUAUUUCAAAAUAAAUAUUUGAAAUUAACAUAAUUGCAUUAAUUAUUAAUGUUGAGUGUUUUUCAUUAUAUAUUAUUGGAUGAUAUAAAGUGUAGUAGUAGAAGUUGUAUAGUUGACUAUAUUACUUUUACUUUUAAGAUACAUUAAAAAAAAUAAGAAUAUGUGCACUUCUAGGUACAGUUGAAGUCUGAUGUUUACAUACACUUUAGCCAAAUACAUUUAAACUCAGUUUUUCACAAUUCCUGACAUUUAAUCCUGUUAGAGGAAUUCUAAAUUCCUCUGUAUUAUUUCCCAAUCAGAAUUCAUUACUCUGUCAAUGCAUUCUAAAGGGAUUAUAAGACCCAAUAUUUUUUAUAAGAAUGG